UCGUGUUCUAGAAGUGACCGAAAAUCAGGGCCCUGUGGUGGGCACCCACCCGCAAAGCGCGGGGGCAGGACUCCCGGGCAGACGAGGAUCCCCUUACGCUGAAGGGUUUUAAAUACAAAUUCAGCAAAACGGGAGCAGUUUGGGUUCAGCCUUGAGCCCGAGGAUGGGGCUGGGUGACCUCAGGCCCCCUUUGCACCUGCUGUGGAAGAAAAGUGUCCUGGCACCUUUGGUGUAGCUCUGGGCCAUUAAAAUGGAUUUUUCUUGAGGCCUGGACCGCGUUGGUGUUUUUCAGCAGCCCCCAAGGCGUUUCUAUGGUGGAAGCAUCCAAAAUAUUGUUCCAGAAACUUUAAUGUAGAAGUGCAGCUAACGGAGAUAUUCUUAGCACUUGAAGUGAAAAAUGACACAACACUGGGGAUCUUCUGGGAAACAGCCCUAUGAAAGGAGACGUGUGUCGCUGUGGGAGCGGUUGCAGGAUACCUCGUUCCACCAGGGCUCUGCCAGUCACCGUCUCAGUGCGAACUAAGCUUAAGGAAGAGGAGUUGCUUUAACUGAAAUACUAUUAACUGGAGAAAACAUCACUGUCCAAACAGGACCAGCUCUAACUGCCCUUGAGUUCUGCUGGUGGCAAUGUCUCACUGGGCCGGUCUCCUCUUCACCAUUGCCAAAGUCAACCUGCUGGUCUUGGUGGUUUCUGCGGUGUUUUCCUGGUCAAGCCUAAGCGAUAGAGUUCCCGAGUUUGCCCUUACAAAAAUAGAAGAGAGCGACAUAAAAGAUGACAGCGGGAAAGAGCCAAUAACAGAAGAUGAUGCUGAUCCUGAGGACCUGGAAGUGUUUUACCCCACACAUCAGUGGCAAACCAUCCGUCCAGGUCAAGCUGUUCCUGCAGGGUCACACGUACGAUUAAAUCUGCAGACGGGAGACAGAGAAGCCAAGCUCCCAGAUAGUGAAAAUGGAAAGAGUGACAUGAGAGAGGAGAGAAGAAGAAAAAGGCUGGGCAAGGUGGAUGUUGACUCAAAUUCAUUCACAUCCCAGGAGCUCAAAAAGGCGUUGGCUAAAAUGAAGGAAAGUGAGAAGGCAGAAAGAAAGGCUCACGAGGAAGAGGUGAGGAAGAAGUUCCGGCCCAUAGAGCAGCUGAAGGAGGAGUUUGAAAAGCUGAACGUGAAGAUGGAAACAGAUUAUGAAAUUAUGGUUAAAUUAAUCAGCAAAUUCAACAGCUCUGCCUCCACGCUGGAUGAAAAAGUAGCGGCGCUUUAUGAUCUUGAAUAUUACGUUCACCAGGUGGACAAUGCUAAGGACUUCCUCUCCAUGGGUGGACUCCAGCUUGUGAUCGACGGGCUGAACAGCACCGAGGCCGUGCUGAAGGAGCAUGCUGCCUUCGUCCUGGGAGCCGCGCUGUCCAGCAACCCCAAAGUCCAGAUAGAAGCAAUUGAGGGGGGCGCGCUGCAGAAGCUCCUGGUUAUUCUGGCUACAGAACAACCCCUGGCUGUCAAGAAGAAGGCUCUCUUCGCGCUGUCCUCCAUGCUGAGACACUUCCCCUACGCCCAGCAGCAGUUCCUCAAGCUGGGCGGCCUCCAGGUCCUCAGGAGCCUCUUCAGGCAGAAGGGGAUGGAGACCCUCCACGUCCGUGUGGUGACGCUCCUCUACGACCUCAUCGUGGAGAAGAUGCUGCUUGAGGACUCGCAGCACGGAGAUCAAAUGGAAGAGAAAAUCCAGCAGUACCGGCAAGUCAAGCUGGUCCCGGCGGUGGUGGAGCAGGACUGGUGCGUGGUCGUUUCCAACCUGCUGGCCAUGCCAGAACACGACACUCGGGAGAAGGUCCUCAAGACAGUCGGCGUGCUGAUGGCCUUCUGCAAGGAGCGCUACCGGGGGGACCAGGCCCUCAGCACCACCCUCAGCCUCCUACGCAGCGAGUACGAGGAGCUGGCGGCAGAGGAGCAGAGGGAAGGUGACAAAGAUGGCUAUUUCAAGGAACUCCUUGGGUCUGUAAAUACCAUCAUCCAGGAAUUAAGAUGAAAACAGCCGUAGAUUCAGUUCAAUUCCAGAUAAUUCAGGGCAACAGCGUGAGUUUUGAUGGCACCACUGUAAAUGCACUUUUGAAUAAACUGCUGGACUAAAUGAGAUCCAAGCGCUGGGCGAGUGUGCCAACAGCUUCAUUGUUAAAACGUUUGGGGGCAUGUCGUCUUUUGCAUGGGGUACUGCUGGAAAAAUAGAGGUAUAUACCUUAGAGGGAACGAGGUAGAGUCUCGGCUUACGUUGCCUCCAACCAUGG